CCGUACUUUUACUUCGUUUUUACUUUCAUUUCGCCCACAUAUGGAGGAGAAACAUGCAUCACUGGCCAAAGAAAUCAAAGCAAUUGAUAAAAAAUCGGUUCACAGAAUCUGCUCUGGACAAGUUGUAUUAACGCUUGCAACAGCAGUGAAAGAGUUGGUGGAAAAUAGCAUUGAUGCAGGGGCUACAUCUGUUGAAAUAAAACUCAAGGACUAUGGGCUGGAGUCAGUUGAAGUCAGUGAUAAUGGAAGUGGAGUGGAAGAAAAUAACUUUGAAGGACUAACUUUAAAGCAUCACACUUCUAAGCUCCAGGACUUUACUGACCUGAUAAAUGUUGGUACAUUUGGUUUUCGAGGGGAAGCACUGAGCUCUCUGUGUGCUCUCAGCUCACUUACAGUAACAACCAAACACAAAGAUGCCAGUGUUGGCACCAAAUUGGAAUUUGAUUAUAAUGGAAAAAUAAAGACAAGGAUCCCUCAUGCCAGACAGGGAGGGACCACAGUACUUCUACAAGAUCUAUUCUCCACUCUGCCUGUCCGUCAUAAAGAGUUCCAGAGAAACAUCAAAAAGGAAUUCAGUAAAAUGGUGCAGGUCCUAACCUCCUACUGUAUAAUUAGUACAGGGGUCAGGAUUACCUGCUCCAACCAAACCAAGAAAGGUGGAAGAUCAACUGUGGUGUCAAGCAGUGGAAACAAAACACUGAGAGAAAAUAUUGCUGAUGUGUUUGGACCCAAGCAGAUGCAAAGUCUUAUGGAGUUCAAGAAAUAUGACCCAAGUGAAGAAGUUAUGGAUGAGUUCAAUCUCAAGCUCACUGAAGAUAUCAGGGAUUGCUUCAGGAUGGAAGGCUUUGUGUCUAAGUGUGCUCAUGGUCAGGGAAGAAGCAGCACCGACAGACAGUUUAUCUUUAUCAAUGGUCGACCCUGUGAUUCAGCGAAGAUUUCAAAGGUUGUGAAUGAAAUUUACCAUCAGUAUAAUCGACACCAGUAUCCAUUUGUGGCUCUACAUAUCACCAUGAAAAAAGAAUCUGUAGAUGUCAAUGUCACUCCUGACAAACGUCAGAUCUUCAUGGAAAAUGAGAAAAUUCUUUUGGCCACUAUCAAAACUUCCCUGGUCAGGAUUUAUGAACCUACUGUGUCAUCGUAUCCAUUAGCCACUUUUAUGGACAAAGAGUUCCAAAUGAAGUCGUCCUCAGCCAAUGACCCAUCAGAUACAAAAUAUGAUGACAAGACAGACAAUCAGUACCAUCACAGUAAAAAUCAGAUUUCAGCAUUGAGCAAUUUGAAGAGAAAGUUUUCUAGUGCGUUUGCCAAACCUGAGCAACAAGGAGCUGCAUCUCCUCAACAAAAGGAAAGAAGCCCUGCCCCCAAGCAGAGAAGACUUGAUAGAUUCCUUUUUACUGCAUCACCCAAGAAAGAAAGCAAUGCGUGUACUGCUGAAAUCAAACAGGAAAUAGUCAAUGAUCUGGUUAUCACAAUAGAAGAUGACAUCACUGUAUCCACAGAAAAAAUGAAGGAAGAAAGUGCUGAAGACAAGAGUAUUGCAGAGAGAGGACUCUUAGUUGGACCAGAUGGAGAUUCUAUAAAAUCAGAUUUCAAGGUCAUAUUUUAUGGUUCAUCAGACUGUGAAAAGAGUGUAGAAUGCUUUCGUGAGGGACAGGAAACAUUGACCCUAAUAAACCUUAAUUCAGGGUCAAAUAAAGAAGAUCUUUUGUGUUCUGACAGUGAUGAGUCCACAAUUUCCAGAUCAUGUGAUAGAAUUAACUGUCAAAAGUCUUCCAUUGCUCAUGUUGUCGCCCCUGAGUGUUCAGAAAAAGAUGUUGAAGAUACCAAAGUGUGUUCAGAUGAUGACCAAGUGUGUUCAACCAUUAAUUCCGACAAUAUCUCAGAAAAUAAUAAUCAGGAGACUUUGGAUUGCUCUGAUAGGUUUUUUGGAAGUAAUCUCAAAGUUGUUCACUCUGUGUUUGAUAAUAAAGUUGAGACACAAGAUCCCAGGUAUCCAUCCUCUACAGAGUGUUCCAAUCAAACAGGUAUUGAGGCACCCACCCAAAGCUUGCAACAAACAGUCACGAGGCUGGAUGAGAAAGAAUCUCAUUUUAAAAGAGAAAAUACAGUGCAGUUUAAAUUUGAAAAGUUUAAAGAGAAGUUUAAAACAAAGCCAAAAAAGGGGGAUAGUACUGAGGAUGGGUGCAGGAAGUUCCGUGCAGUGAUCUCCCCUACAGAGAACCAGUCAGCCGAGGAGGAACUGAGCAGAGAAAUCUCAAAAAGCAUGUUUAAAGAGAUGGAGAUCCUUGGACAGUUCAAUCUUGGCUUUAUCAUUGUGAAGUUAAAAGAUGAUUUGUUUAUUGUGGACCAGCAUGCGACAGAUGAGAAAUACAAUUUUGAAAUGCUCCAACAGCACACUGUCAUUCAAUGCCAAAAGCUGAUACAGCCCCAAAGUUUGGAGCUGACAGCCAGCAAUGAAAUCACUCUGAUAGACAACCUUGAGGUGUUCAGAAAAAAUGGAUUUGAUUUUGUCAUUGAUGAAAAUGCUCCACCCAUGCAGAGAGUGAAGCUCACCUCAAUCCCAGUCAGCAGGAACUGGACCUUUGGCAAAGAAGACAUAGAAGAACUGAUCUUCAUGCUGUCUGACUCACCUAAUGUGAUGUGUCGUCCCUCCAGAGUUCGUCAGAUGUUCGCAUCCAGAGCCUGCAGAAAAUCAAUCAUGAUAGGCACUGCACUCAAGAAAUCAGAAAUGAAAAAGCUUGUAUGCCACAUGGGAGAGAUCGAACAGCCUUGGAAUUGCCCUCAUGGAAGACCAACAAUGAGACAUCUCAUCAACUUAAAUAUGGUGCCUAAAUAAGUCUGCUAUGGAGAUUCAAUUUAUUGUACAUCUACGUUAAUCUUAUUUUUAGAAUAAAAAACACACAAAAAUAU